AUGGCGUAUGGUGCGCACGUCUUCGGGACGAGGCACCUCGGCCGUGCCACUAGUCAAGAUCAUGCACAGACUGCUCGCCAGCCAAGUGUCUCCUCUCCGGUUGAUGUGAGCGAUACCUCAGCCCUAUGUGGUCUUGACGAGGACAGCCACCUGGAGAGCUCGCACAGAGGGUCGGAGGGAACAAUCGAAGUGAUGGCGCGCAUUGGUGAGAGUCUGGGCCUGGAGGAAAGGGUGCAAGAAGAGUAUCAGAUGCUGGCAUCCGUUGCUGCCCCUCAUCGCAAGUAUCUCCUGCGGCCCGUGGAGAUGCUGCGCUUACCCAGCCUCAAGGAGGGCCACGAGCCAUCGCUCCUGGUCUGCAUAUAUGAAAACCCCGGUCCCAACGAUCUCCUGCACUUUGUUGAUUGCGACGCGACCUGGUAUCAGAUGCGUCCCGAGGGCGAUAAAUGUGAUGACGAGAUCGAUGAUCUGGGCUCGCAUCAGUCCGGCCGGAGAGAGUUCAUGCCGUUGCAAAAUUUUCUGGAUUUCGCCAUCGGUGCAGCUGGAUGCAUCAAAAUGCUGCAUAGCCAGCAAAUUGUGCAUGGGCAGAUUCGGGGGGAUGCGUUUCACUUCAAUCGGGAGACCGGCCGCGUGAGACUGCUCCAUCUCGGGGUGGGUAUCCUGUCCCAUCAUACCGGGCGAAAGAGCGCCGGCUGGUCCGCCCUUGCGAAUCGAAACGUUGCCGCGGCCAAUAUCUCCUUCAUGGGCCUCAAACAGACCGACCAGCCGCCCAUCCAGCCCGACAAUCGCGCCGAUAUCUACUCCCUCGGCAUCCUGCUGUGGAACGCUUUAAUCCACCAGACCCCGUUUGGGGGCGAGACUCCCAUGGACAUCAUAAAGGAGGCACUUGGACAGGAGCUGCCGUCGGUGUCGAGCUUGCGACCCGAAGUCCCGGAAGUCAUUGCACGGAUUAUCACCAAGGCAACGGCAAAUUCUGUCUCGGAGCGAUACAACUCUGUCAGUGGCCUGCGACAUGAUCUUGUGGACGUGCGGAGGGUGCUUGCGACGGGAGAUGCUACAGAAGUGGAAACCUGGCAGAUUGCUCGCAAGGAUGUUUCUCCAUUUUUUGCGCUCCCACGCACGAUGGUGGGUCGGACGAUCGAGCGGGAUACUAUCGCCGAGGUCCUGGAUCGUUGCUUCAAAUUGUACCAGGGAGGCAACAAGCUUCAUCUAUCGUCGCUUCCGGAGGGCCAGUUCGCAGCCUUCGCCGCGCUCCCCUCACCAAGUGAUGUCCUAGGGGAAGAAGAUGCCCGUAGCUCAGCUGAUGGGUUUCUCAAUUUGCCGGCAUCCACGAGCGCGACUUUCGCCGGAACUCCUCAGCUGUAUAUAGCCAACACGAGCCGCGUGCGUUUUUCUGGAGGUUCGCAGUACUGCUCGAGCGAGGGCAGCGAGUCCGGUUCCGUGGCCAUAGAUAGGAGAGAGGCAGAGAAGAGACUGUCGGCUGCAUCGUUCGACAGCACCAGCGGCGAGGGAAGUUCGCGCUCCAGCGACAUUGUGGGCAGACCAGCUGCACAUCGCAUACUCGCGUCGCAAGGACUCUGCGAGCUAAUCAACAUUGAUGGAGGGGCUGGGUUGGGCAAGACUCGAUUGAUCACAUCGAUCCAGAUCGAAGCCCGACGAAAUGGCUUUUUCGCCAGCUCUCGCUUUGAUAAUGCCGCCGAAGACAGCUUGCGUCCGGUUCUACACCUAUUUUCAAGUCUGUUCGAGCAGGCCUUUUCAGAAAAUAAGUUUGAGCCUAGUUUUUUACCAACGCUGCGAAACCAAAUUGGGUCUACGUGGAACACUUUGCACAAAGUUUUAGGGCUUCCCAAAUUCCUCCUUGGUUCGGGACCUGCCGUGUUUGAGCAGGUGCCAAAUCAUUCUGCUCCUUCCAAUACCUCACUACCUUACCGCCAUCCUGCUCCUGAGAGUACUGGAACGGAAAGCUCGCAGGAAUUUCUUCGGACCGGAUCUUCGAUCAAGUCUUUGCCUCUCGUGCGGACAUUGCUGGAUAUCCUGCGAACCUUCACACGGUACAAGUCAGUGUGUCUCUGCCUAGAUGACGUCCACUUGGCAGACGAAGAAUCGUUAGAGCUUAUUGCUCAAAUUAUUUCGGCUAGAAUCAGAAUGGUGGUGAUUUUAGCCUACCGACCUGAAAACACGAAUACGAUGAAAAAGCUUCUUGACCUCUCCAUCAAUAAAGUAGGUGCUCGGAAAGGAAGAGAUCUAGGGAUUACCACCAUCACGCUUUCUCCACUCAGUGAAGACAGCGUGAUGCAAUAUAUUGCAAGCACCUUAUAUCUACCUAUUCCUGUUAUCUGGCCUUUCGGGGCGCUCAUUCAAUCCAGGACCAGUGGCAACCCGCUUUACGUUCGUGAAAUGUUGAACGAUUGCUAUGAGCAUAAAUUCAUCUGCUAUGACUACCAGAAGGAACUGUGGUCAUACAAUCUAAGCCAAAUCUCGGAAUAUUUCAAGGCGGACAAAUAUAACGACGCUAUCUUCGAUGAUCUCUUAGCUAGGCGCCUGAGUAGCCUAUCGCCUGUAUCCAAGUCAAUCCUGGCAUGGGCAUCCGCUUUGGGCAUGUCUUUCUCAUUUCAACUGGUCCAGAGGCUCCUGAACAACGAUAAGAUAGCCGCAGAGUCUCCGCUGCCUGAGCGAGAGUUGAUUGAAGGCCUUCAGGCGACCAUAGAAGCCUGCGUUAUCGUACCAACGCAGGAUCCUGACGUCUUUUCCUUUGCAUAUGACCAUUACAUGCAUCUCGCGGCGUCAUUUCACACAAGAGGCAAGGAUCAUGUGAAUUUUAUCAAAGCACAAGUGUUGUUUCAGCAUCAUUCCCACGAGGAAAAAUACUGCAAUAUGCUGGCAACGGCCAUCAUCGAGUCAGCUACGGUAAUCAAAAGCUCCGUGGCAAGAAGAAAGCCUUAUAGAAAGUUUCUGGUCGACCACGCGAAAGCUGCGAGUGAGACUGGCUUCCGCUCGACCGCUGUCAAAACAUACGAAAGCUGCAUCAUACUACUCCAGGAAGACAUGUGGAACGAUGAUGUCGAUGAUGUGAGCUACGGCGAGACGCUGCAGAUAUACACCUCCGCUGCCGAAGGCUAUUUGUAUCAAGGACAGCAUGCCGAAGCUAACUGCUUGCUGCAAUCCAUUCUCUCCAAUGCCCGAAGUCCAGUGGAUAAGGCUCCCUCCUGUAUCUUGCAGUCUCGUAUGCUUGUACAACUGGGUAACUCGACAGGUGCAUUCCAGGCGCUGAAAGAAUGUCUCAAGACUCUGGACACCACAAUUGAUGAUGAACCAAGUUUUUCUAAAUGUGACAAAGAGUUCCGUCGGCUAUGUGAGGCCAUCUCCACCAUUCAGACUGAUGCCAUCAUCGAGACGGCGCCCAUUGAGCAUCCUACUUUGGUUGCUGCCGGUGCGGUCCUUAUGGAGGCCACGAACGCAGCAUUCUGGUCCGACACGCUGACUUUCUAUCAAAUAACCCUUGUCAUGGUUGACACUUUUCUCUCUCGUGGUCCCUUUUCCCAGGCGGGCAUGGGAUUCUUACAGCUGGCUGUGAUAUCGCUCACUCGGCACAACGCAAUCGCAUUUGCAUGCCAAUGUGGGGAUCUUGCUCUAGCCUUAAUUACUCAGUCGCAAGACCCGCUUACGGAGGGUCGUGGCCUCGCGUUACAUUCGACUUUUGUCGAUCACAUUCAACAUCACAUUCAGUCCUCAAUCUGUCACUUGGAAAAGGCUUUGGAAUCCGCAAUCCACUCUGGUGACCGAAGCCUGACCAUCUUGAACUACGGGCUACUGGCCACCUCGAAAUUUUUUGCCUCCGAGAACCUGGCCGAGCUGGAAAGUUUCUGUGUUUACAGCUGUCAGGACAUUGCUAACUGGCAGUUGGAUACGCCCGGUGGUACGAUCCUCAUCACAAUUCGCCAGCUCUGCCGUGCUUUGCAAGGUAAAACACAUACGCAUGACGCGGUAGGGGUUAUGAGUGACAACGAACACAAUUCCACCGCAUACAAGGCUUGGCUAGUAAGAACCUUCAAGAAUAGCGACCGGCCGCUAAUGCUCUAUGAGAGCAUUGAAAUUGCUCCUUUAUUUUUGUACGGCCACUACGAGCGAGCGGUUGUACUGGGGAAUUCCUGCCUGAAGAAAGUCAAUGCCAUAUGGUCUGCACGAAACACGCGAUUCCUCAUGUUCUUUCAUUCCCUUUCUCUAGCUGGAUGUGUGUGGGCCCGAAAAGAACAGCAACUCAACCCCGCAUAUCGCGCAUGCUCUCCUCAGCUGGCAUCCGAUAUCAAUGGGCGAUCCCUCGAGGCCUCUCUCGAGGAGGAGAUGAGCGGUCUGGCGAAGAUGUUGAUGUAUUUCAAGCGUAAGAUUGAACAGUGGCAAGUAGUCACGGACGUGAACUAUCUGGCGUGGACUAAAAUCCUCGGCGCUCAGAUCGCUGAGAUGGAGCAUGACCAUAUGGCUGCUCUUCGUCUCUAUCAAGAGGCAUUGGACCACGCUUCUGUGCAUGGCUUUGCUUUCGAGGAAGCCCUGGCUCACCAUCUGUUAGCUGGACAUCUGAUGCGCGAGGGCUCUUUGCGACUGGGAGCACUCACUCUGAAAGAGGCAGCUGGUCUCUACCGUCGGAUGGGGGCGACUGGGGUUGCUGAACACAUCCUGCAUCUCUUUGAUCUGGAGCAGCCGGCAAAGGAUGUAACACGAGAAGCCGCUACUCAAACCGAAUUAGAUGACAGUAUUCUACAGAUUCACCCAAAGGUAGCCGCUCCCGGCAACGAUGAAACCCCGAGCGCGGAAGAGUCAGUGGCAGAGCGUUCCCUACAUAUCUUGGACCUCGCCUCUAUUCUUGAAGGGUCACAGGUGAUAUCGAGCGUGCUAAGGAUUGACGAGCUGCUCCGGACAAUGUGCAAGGUCAUUAUGCAGAGCUGCGAUGACGUUGCUACCUUGGCGGCAAUCAUCACGGAGGCGGAUACGACCGUCGGUUGGGCCGUGGCAGCAAGUGGCGACGUAGCUGGACACAUCAAAAUACAUGAUCCUCCCACACCGAUUGAACACUCCAACCUUGUCGCGGAAAGCAUCGUGAACUACUGUGUGCGAUUUCGCGAAGCCGUUUAUUUGCCAGACGUCCUACAGGAACCGCGGUUUAGCUACGUUAGUGAAGCGUGGUUGGCUCAGAACCCGGUUAGCAAAUCGGUUAUGGCGCUGCCCAUUUCGCACGGCAGUAGUGAGAGCCAACCCCUUGCGGUGCUCUAUCUGGAGGGACUGCCCAACGCGUUCUCGUAUCGCAACCGGGUCGUUUUACAGCUGCUCGUCGUCCAACUCGGAAUCAGCUACUCCAACGCGCUAACCCUUAAAGAAGUCGAACGAGUAUCCACCAUCAAUCAAUCCAUGGUGGAGGUGCAAAAGAAGGCGUUGGCAGAAGCGAUGAAGGCCGAGCAAAACGCGAACACUGCGAAGGCGGAGGCCUUGCGUCUUGCCCAGCUAGCCGAACAGGCCGCCAGGGCUAAAAGUGUCUUUCUCGCCAAUAUCUCUCAUGAGUUACGAACUCCCCUUAAUGGGGUUAUUGGGAACUCGGAACUUCUACUCAGCAGUCCACUCCCGGAGCAGCAGUUGGAAAUGGCAGACUCAAUUCGCAUAUCAGCGGAACUCCUGCUUUCUGUGAUCAAUGAUAUUCUCGACCUUUCCAAAGUCGAAGCGAACAAACUGCAAUUGCGUAAGGUAUCCUUUGAUGUCAAGGAGAUCGUUCAGGAAGUUGUUCGCUCGAUGGCGACCGAUUUCGGAAGCAAGCGAUGGCCUAAAGAUCUUCGCAUCAUCCAGGAUAUCCACGCGCCCCAAUACCGCGUAUAUGGCGAUCCCGUACGUCUGAAGCAGGUUUUGGGCAACCUAUUCGGUAACAGCCUGAAAUUCACUGAACAGGGGUCCAUCACGAUUGGAUCCAGGGUCGAAGAUGAAAAUGAGGACAUCGUUCGUCUCUCCUUUUGGGUAAAGGACACAGGAAUUGGCAUCCCCACGCACCUCACACAACAUCUAUUUAAGCCUUUCACCCAAGCUGAUGCCAGUACCGCGCGCCGGUUCGGAGGCAGUGGUUUGGGCCUCAGUAUUUGCAAAUCACUGGUAGAACUGAUGGAGGGCACCAUUGAGCUCAAGAGCGUCGAAAAUGCCGGCACAACUAUUAAUUUCUCAAUCUCCGUACGAAAAGCCAAUCCUGAGGAUUUGGAGACUGCAGCUCCAACAGAGUUGACUGACGGGUCGUCGGGUCUACCCGAUAACGCAGCCGCAGAUUGCAUUGAUCUAUCCGAGAUCCCCCUCGCCGACCUUCGCGUCUGCAUCGCGGAGGAUAACCUCAUCAACCAGAAAAUAACGGUGCAAUUUCUCAAGAAGCUAGGAUUUUCCCAGGUAGAUGCCUUCAACAACGGCCUAGAGGCCGUGGAGGGCAUUCUGAAGAAGGCCAGUGCAGAGCAACCGUACCACAUGGUCUUGAUGGAUGUCCAGAUGCCCGUCAUGGAUGGAUAUACUGCCACCCGCCAGUUACGAAACGAUGCCGUGGAUGCUGUGAGGCGAAUCUUGGUUAUCGCUCUCACAGCUUCGGCGAUCCAGGGUGAUCGGGAGAAGUGCUUGGCUGCUGGAAUGAACGACUACCUUGCAAAACCCGUUCUUCUGGAGGUGCUGAAGAGGAAACUUCAUAAAUACCUCCAGAUCAAAUGA